AUGUUCACGUAUUGCCGCCUGCACAAACCGUGCGAACAUCUACCUGCUAGAUGUACGUGUAAAGAGUGCUAUAAAGAACGUUGUGAUUUACAAUAUAAAAUAGAACUUUCAUCAGACGAAGAUUCGUGGGACGGAGGAAAAUUCAACUUUGUUCCAGAAACCUACAAACUACCAGAUAAAGAUCACGAAGUGCCGAAGCUGUCGCCUGAGGUGGCGGCGGAGUCUAACGGCGUCCCCGUCGACUUCACGCUGCCGGACAAGGACGGCUGCAAGCACCUGCUCGGCUCCUGCUGCCCGGUGAAGGCCAACCAGACCGCCAGAUACCACCUGCACGUCAGCACCCCGCCCGUGCUGGUGCAGCCCCGUAGCUGCAUUCACUAGAAAAUGUGACGCUGACUUUUACAAUGAAAGAUCAGGACGCCAAACAUUUGGUAUGCUUCAAAGUCAAGGCUACUGAAUAAUCCUGUCAACAUUUCGCCUGUUCGCAC